UCAUUUCAUUUCCCGGUUCCAAGUUCCAAAUUGCCCAUUGCCAUCAUUUUCUACCAAGAUAAAAAAAUAAAAAGGGAUAGUUAUUAUCAUUAUUAAAAAACAUGGAAGAAAUAAACGAUGUUGAAGCAUUAGAAAAGAUUUCUAGCGAAGUUGAUGAAUCGCAAAUAAAAGUCAUCCUUUCGAACCAGUGCAUCAAAGCUCAGGCAUUUUUACUCGACAAGCUUAAAAAGCAGUCUGAGCGUCACAAGGAAACGUGUAGCUUCAUUAGCAGCGCUAAUCUCAAACUGGAGGCUGAGAUUAGACAGGCUGAGCAGGAAAUAAAAAGUAUGUUAUUAGCUCAGGAGACUAUAAAAUCGGCUAAAGUAGAACUCAAAAAAGAAUUGUUAGUGGUUAAAGUUCGAAAGGCAGAUAUUAAAGAGCGCAUUGAGGAGGGUAUUAAGAAAUACGAAGCCUUAUGGUCAGAAUGCAAAGCUAGAUAUGAAAGCAUACCUUUUGUAAAACAGCUAAUCAAUGCCAACGAAAAGGUGCAGGUACUGAACAAUGAUAUCGAAGGCCUUGACAAACAAACGAUAGAGCUUUACGAAGUUAUGAGAAAGCAACGUGAAGCCUGUAUCGAUAUAGACAGAAAACGUUGCAUAGAACUUGCGACAUUCAUAGCUCAUGAAGUGCCGAAUACUAAGAAGAUUAUACAUGAGAAAACUGUGAGAAUUAAUGAUGUUACAAAACAAAUUGAAGCCAUCAUCAAUGCGCAAAAAAACGUCAGAGAUAUUGAAGAAAUAAUUAUAGUGUCUGAACCACAAAAAACGGAGACAAAUGAUAUAGAAGAAAAAGAACCAGUCAAAAAUGAUGAUCUGAAUAAAAGUGAUGAAGAUUCACUGAUACCAAAAUUAGAGCUCUCUAAUUUCGAUCUCGACAGUUUAGACAUUAAUUUGGAACGGGUCCGAAUGAGGAAGGAAGAGAUAGCUUCUAGUGAUCACAUAACAGAUGCUAUACUAGAUAGUUUUGCCAACAAGAAAACAGAACAAACCCGCAGUCAAGAAAAAGCUUAUGAUUAUGUUAUUUCUCCAUUUUUCAAUACAUACAAAGAAAACGAUUCGCAAAAUUUCUCUAACAGAAAGUUGAUUAACAUUCUUGAAGAUGUACGUGUUACGAAGAAGGAGACAUACAACAUUAUAAAGGAAGUAAAUAAGGAAAAUCUACGAACCGUUAACGAAAUUUCAGUAAACGCAUUCGACAAUGUUAAAGAUAAAUACAACUUUUCAAAAGACAAGGGUAUGCCAAUAGAAAGUGAUACCAUCGAAGAGGUGGACAUGUCAUGCUCCAGUACAGAAAUUAUAAUACCACCUACACAGUUCUUGGAUAUCACUAUAACGAGUUCCCAGGAGGAUAUACACAAGAAGAGAGUAUCGUUUGAUAUACCAUCAUCAGUUAAAAUAAAUGAAAUAAUAGACGACGAAGACACCUCAAAAAUUACGAAUGACAAUGAAGAAGUAAAUCAAACUGCUAACAGCCAACUAGAUGUAAGCGUAGUCAGUGAGGACGGUUUUAUGAAGAUUCAAGAUAUGAUACUCAAGAAGCACAAUUUAGAUCUAUCUCCGCAAUUUGUGUAUGCUAAGAAUCCUGUUUUGCAGAAGAAAGAAGAUGAUAAAGUAGUAACAUCAAAGUUCUUUCAACAUGAAAAUCAGGAAGAUAUGAUAGAUGAAAUGAAGGAUGACAGAAUGGAAAUGGAUGAAGAACCCAGGGUUCCAGAAACGGAAGAGAAAUUGAAAGAACAGGAGAGUAAGGAAAAAACGACAGCACCAAUGGAUGUGGAUGUAAUCAUAGUUUCUAGUCCCAAGGAAAAUAAGAAACAUGAAGAUCCAAGACCAGAAAAACCUCUGACUGGAUUGCUAUUCAAUCAUGGAACACAGGCUAUACCAGAUUCCCUAAAUGUUUCAAUGAGUACUACUGGAUACGAUGAUUCAGACUUUCCACAUUGUAUUGACUCAAGUUUGCUAUUAUCACCUAAAGCUGACAUACCUAUGACUGAUGACAACCCUGAGGUGCAGUCGCAGGAAGUUCCGAAUUUUCUAUCAGGACUGCGAAAAACUGGCUUAUCAUUUUUUGGAGGAGGUAAUGCAUCUGCAGAACCCAAACCAGGUCCCAGUACUGAAAGCGAGGGGAACAACUUUAGUUUCAACUUUGGUGGAGAGAAGAAAAGUAGAGGCGGAUUGUUUAGUUUGUUCCAAUAAGUCUAUUCAAUGUUGGUGAUUUUCUUUAAAUUAAAUUC